GCUUCGCGUUCGGCGACAAGACGGCCCGCGGGAACCAGCUCCGGGCCUCGCUGGCCUCGCUGCAGGAGAACUCCCGCAAACUUUGCGACAUCUUGAGGACCAUCGUCAGCAGGUGCUCCCGCGUCUUCUUCGGGACGCCUCCAGAGGUCAUGUGGCGCAUUGCAGAGAGGUGCACGGUCAUGGAGGUCCAGGUCGGGGAGCUCAUCGUCGUGGAGGGCGAGGGCGGCGAGGCGGGCGGGGGUGAGGACCUUAUUUUGAUCGACGAGGGUCUGGCCGUGGUGGAGAAGAGGGUUGGAGAGGGUGGCAGGGUUGGAGCGGUGGAGAUCGGCAGGCUCGGCCCCGGGGCGCUGGUCGGCGACUGGUGCUUGUUGGGCGCUCACAUACCACGGGCAGCCUCCGUGCGUGCCAAGACGGAUGUGCAGUACAUCCUGCUGCCAGCGAGCGCUCUCUUGAUGGUGACCAAGAUGUUCCCUGGGGUCAUGGAGGGCCUGGAGCCCUUCGUCAAGGAGGUUGGCAGCUUCCUGCAGGUUCGGCUGCCGACCCGUACCGCGAACUACGGCGCACUGGCGCUCUUUGCGGAGUGUUCGCAGGCCUUCAUAAACGAAGUCGCGGGGCAUAGCGAGAGGCAGCUGUGCUACGCCGGCCAGAUGCUGAUGGACCCCGAGGACCCCCAGGGGCACCUGCGCGUGCUAGAGUACGGCACGCUAGAAGUGGAGGCGCCUGAGGGCGGAUCGCUGGGCGAGAUCGCGACGGGCAGCUGCUUCGGCGAUUUCGACGCGCUGGGCGAGCUGACAGGUGCGGGGUUGAGGGUCCGCGUCUGCACCCCGCUGGCGAUUGUCUCGGUGACGCGGGCGGAGAUCCUGAGGGACGCGCUCAGGCGCCACUGCGGGCCACAGGAGCGGUGGCCCCGCACCAGUAAGGGGGGCUCCUCGUCCUGCGGCCGCGAUCCCAUCCCGCUGGCCGCGGGUAUCGAGCUCUUCCGGAACUGCUCGGUGGAGUUCGUGCGAGACAUCCUCCAGGGCGCGCUGUACCGCGGCUACCUGCCGGGGCAGACCCUGUGCGUGGAGUCGGCGCAGUUCUCCCACGACGCGGCGCACAUGUUCGUGCUGCGCAGCGGCCAGAUCGUGGCUGGCGGAGACGGCCAGGCGCCAGGGGAAGCCGGCGGCAGCCACGUGGGCUUCGGGGAGUUGGCGAUGCUGGGCGCGGAGCACAAGCGGCCCCACACCAUCCGCGCCCUGACGGCGUGCUUCACGCUGGAGGUCCCGCGCGCCGCUUUCGUCGCGGCGAUCGCGCGGCACCCGGGCGAGAAGCACCACUUCGAGCGAUUCGCGGUGCAGGUGCUGCAGGACGGGGGCAGCGACGAGAAGUGCAGGUGGCCCUUCCUGGCCAACGCGCCCGCGCGACUGCUGUACCUGCUGAACCUCUACGCCGGCCUGACGGCCUUCCGCAGUGGCCAUCUGCUCCUGGGGCAGGGCGCCGACGCGCCCAGGAUGUCGGCGGUGCUCGUCGUCGCCGGCGAGGUGUCGGUGGUGAGUGCCUCGGAUGGGGUGAUCGCGGUGCUCAGGGAGGGCGACUGCUACAACGUGCGCGAGCUGCUGGGGGUCCCCGGCGACGACGGCACCAUCUCGCUCGUGGCGCGCGGGGCGUGCGAGGCGCAGAUCCUGACCAAGGAGGUGUGGGAUCGCGUGAUCGCCGAGUUUCCAGAGAGCGAGGUCCAGGACGUGCUCAAGAGCGAGAUCAUCUCGCACCUGGCGUCCAAAGCGAUGACGAGCCGCGGGAUCGCGACGGGGCCCCUCGAGCUUCUGCGCCGUGUCCGGCUGCUGGGGGCGGCGUCGAGUCAGUUGGCCACGUGGCUGACGGAGCACCUCGAGCCGCUCAUGGUGCUGCCAGAGGACAACGUGAUGGUCGAGGGCCAGAAGGCGAGCCGCAUGUUCAUCCUGCUGGAUGGCAAGCUUCGGAGCGAGUACUCGUGCGGCACCUUCGUGUACAGUCCGGGCAAGGUCUUCUCGGAGGCCGUGCUGCUCGGGGUGGUGGAUCACUACUUACGAACAGUCACUGCCAGCACCGUGUGCAUCCUGCAGUCGCUGGACCGCAAGCACUUUCAGGAUUUCUCCCGCUGGACCGAGCAUGACCUGCAGAUCACGGAGCCCCUACUGCAAGAGGCGCAGCAACGCAAGCACUCGAACAUAACCGCAGACAAGUUCGAGACGCGCAUGAUGCAGAAGGUUAUUGCCUUCAAGAAUGCCGACCCCGAGUUUUUGGCUCAGCUGUGCGAGAACAUGGAGGACAAGUUCAUGGAGCCUGGCGAGGUUGUCAUGGCGCAAGGAGACGAGUGCAAGCCUGGCGUUACACCCUUCUACGCCCUCAUCUCUGGGGAGCUGGUGCUGGAGAACAGGGCUGGCGUAUUUAUGGGGCACGUUUGGCCGGGCGAAACGUUCGGCGAGUCGGGCGCGCUGGGGUUAUCUGACACCAGAUCGCUGACUGUGCGCGCGACGCUGGCGGGGUGCGUGCACUGCUUGAAGAUCGAAGGCGUGGCCUGCAUGGCGGCGAUCAGGAGAUUUCCCUCGCAGCGUGCAGCCCUGGAGACAAUCAUAGACCAGAGGUGGCACUUCCACGCGGCCCGUGCCAAGAAGCGCGCCCUGUGGAUCCGCGAUAAGGUCGUUCCCGUUCUGCAGGCUCACUGGGGCAGCCCGCAAGGGGACAAAAGUCAAGUCCUGCAGGCCCACUGGCUCUUCGCAGACACCUCGCGCGAGUUCGUCGCCGAGCUGGCGGUGGGGCUCGCGUCGGCCGAGUACGAGGCGGGCAAGGUGAUCGCCAAGGCGGGCGACGCGGCGGACUCGAUGCUGGUGCUCCUCGAGGGCACCGCCGACGUGGAGUCCAGCGAGGGCGAGGUGCUGGGGUCACUGAAGGCCGAGGCCGCCAUCGGCGAGGUGGCGCUGCUGGGCCUGUUCCCUCUGCGGCUGGCCACGCUGCGGGCGACCAGGGCGUGCUGCGUGCUGCACGUGACCGAGAAGGCGCUGCGCCGCGCCCUCGCCGAGCUGUCCGACGCCGGGGCGCGCAAGAGCGAGCGCGCCCUCGCGGAGCUGGCGGAGCAGCGGCGCGCGCAGGUGCAGCAGGGACUGCCCAUGACCUGCCUGCCGCUGAGGGUGGGCCAGGACAACAUCUGCGUGCGCGCCAUCGCGCUGCAGGCGAGGCGCAUCAGCCUCGCGCCGAGGCAGACCUGGGAGUGCCUCCCCGCCACGCACCCCAGCGGGCCACACUUCUGCGUGCUCGCCUCGGGGCGUGCCGUGAUCGAGAUGCGCCACGAGGAGGACCCCGGCAGGCGGAUCAAGGUGCUGGCCCUCAACCCAGGCGACCUGUUCAUGGAGGACGUGGCCUCCGAGUUCGGCAUGGAGGUGAGAGCCACCUCGGUCUGCGAGGUCUUCCGUGUCCGCAAGGUCGAUUUCCGCACGGCCAUGGCUCGGGCCCCCGCAGCCGCCGAGCAGUGGUACCCACACUUCCGCAUGCUCGAGGUCGAGGCGGUCAAGGUCUUGCGGUCGCGGGGCCAGAACGUUUGCGGCCAGCUGCAGGACUGCCAGGAGCAUCCAAACUCAGAGGGCAUCCAGCUCUGGAAGCGGCGCCGGGACAGGGCCAUCGCUCGCGCGCCGCGCAGGGUGCUGCCCGCCGUCCUGCACAGCGACUCGCAGCCGGACUUGCCCACCUCCGUGCUGAAGAUGCCGAUCAAGAGCGUCAGCGCCGGCCGAUUACCCUCCCUCCCUCUUCGAUGACCCUCCUUCCCUCUUCGAUGGCCUCACCCUAGGGCA